UUCACACAUCAUUUGCGCAGCGAAUGUCGCGUUGACGUCUCAUCAUGAUUUUUUGCCCAUUCGAUCAAAAUUAACGUGGAAACUCAUCGAAAAUGUAUAAAUUCCUUUGUGCCAACAUCACCAAGCCCCGUAACGUAAGUAACGCAUACAAAAAACUCGUGCAAGCCCAAAAAGUACACCAAGACAGUAGCAAACCUUCUUCAGCACCCGGACAAAAAAGACCCACGACAGAAGGCCAACAUGAGGAAAAUCAGGAGUUUGAAGAUGAAAAUAUGACCAACAGGCCUUCUACUAGCCCCUCGCAUCUACAAAGGUCCACAGCCCUCCCACCUGUGUCACUGCCGACCUUUAAACCGUUUCCUGAAGUCACCCCAUUAAAAAUGAAAUCUUAUCCAAAGUUUUAUACGGGCCAUUUUAUCCGGAUUGACCCACCUACCCCUAGUAUAUCCAAGAAGUACUACCACGUGUACUCGAUUAACGGGCCGUCAUUGAAACGUUCCAACGGAUCGUUAAAAACGAAGAAAUUAACGGAGCAGGAUAGGGAGAAUUAUUUGUCGGCUUUGGAGAGUCUCCAUGAUAUUGAGAGGAAUAAGUCGGGUUUUCAGUUUAAGGCUGUCCACAGACCCAGUAAAGCAGGAACUGCCGUAAACGAGGCCUAUCUAAAACAAUUUAACAAGAAAAAAUUCCAAAAGGCGGAUUCAAACGGCUCUAUCCGCUACCCCACCCACACCAUCAAACACACCCUUAAAAUAAACAGACGGUAUAAGAUACGACAAGAAUCAGCAGAACGGCGCAUCAAAGAGCUGGAAGAAAAGCACAGAAAGAAGUACCACAUGAAAAUGUUUAUGCCCCCGCCGCCCACCAAAAAGAUCACUUACCCCACCUUGGUGGAGCACAUAAAAAAAGGCAAACUAAAAAUCCCCAUGCCAGAGAAAAAAUAUCUGGAAAAAGGCCCUGUAGAGGCCUCAGAAGCUAACCAAGAACCCCAUGAGGAUGUGACUCUGGAGCAGCCCCAGGAUGCACUGGAACAUGACUUUGACUCUCUGGUAAGAAGCCACCCCACCAUCGAAAACGCCAGCAAGGAAGUGAAAAUGAAGCUGAAAACCAAGUUCAUUCAGCUGCUAAUAAAAACCGCCAGAAGCCCCAGGUUUAGAUCAGAGCGACAACUCGCUGCAAUCGAGUCAAAGCAAGAAGAAUCCGCAGCCCUGGUGCCAGUCUCUCAAGAAACUUCUCCUGAGAAAGCAGUCAUAAUUCCAGAAGAUGCUGAAGAGUUAAUAGUCUCCCACCCGAAGAAGUGGACAAAACCUCCAGUUUCCCUGGAAGAUAGUUACCACGUGAUCUACCGCUACCCCAGGCGAGUCUACGUGGAUGAGCCUUCCAAAUAUGAGGUGGACAAGGUGUGCGUCAAAGAAUCCGGAGUAAGAAUAAGUUCAGAUCCCACACCAGCAGAAGAACAACGCCUUCCACCAACCCUUUACACCACAAAUCACUUAUCCACCCCUGAAGCAGUAAAAUAUAUCGAAAAUAAAAACGCGGAAGCCAUCAAGCAACUAAACUGGGGCAAAGAGGGUCACAACCAAGCAAAGAUCGAACAACUUAAAGAAGAACGUCUGCUACUCCUAAAAGAACUGGACAAGUUGAGUGUGAAAUUCAGCUCCACAGCAGAAGAAAAAGAGGACAAACCUCCUUCCGAAUGCGAAUGGAGGGAGGGAAACAAGGAGUUUACCAAAGAACAAGCUGAGAAACUAAGAAGAAUAUUACUUGGGCAGUUCCAUGUCGUGCAACCGUCUGUGGAGCCAGAGAACAAUCCCAAGUGGCCCUGGAAUAAAAAUAAAACUAAUCCAGAAUCGACUGAGGCAAGCAAAGAAACUGAAGCAGCACCAUCUUGUAUAGAACAAGAAGAAAAUGUGCAAGAGCAAGAAGCUGCAGCAGGAGAAGUUGAUGCUGAAGAAGCUUCACACGACGAAAAAAAAGAUGACGUAAUGCUUUGCCAAGAAGGGUUAGAAGAAAAGUCGAAAGUGGACGAGCUGAACGAGAUAGCUAAAGAGAGAGAGAAGGUUUCCAGAAAGGAAAAACUAAGACAAGAACAGCAAAGGAAACGUAAAGAGAUUCGGGAGCUGAACGAUGAAAAGUAUACUAGAAAGACUUAUAUACCACCCAGGGUGGAUAAGAUUGAUGAUAUGUUGGACGAGAAGGUUGAAAUCGGAGAAAAAGUCAAAGAACAAAUUGAAAAGCUGAUUCCAGGCAGGCAAGUUAAUCAACCGUCCUUACCAGAAAGUACUAUACUUGCUGCAGCUCCUGCUGCUAAAGAAGAACCGACGACCAUCGAAGAAAAAACAAAAAUCGAGGAGCUUCAAGAAAUGGCUGAAGAUUUGGCGAAAAAAUCCGCGGGACAGGAGCAAAGUAGUGGUUAUAACCAACCUGAAACAAAGAGAAUCAUAAAGAAGUUCUUUAAGAAUCGAGAGAACGAGAAGAAGAUUGAGCAGGACCAGAAAGUGAAGAAUGACGUGAAAGAGUUUUUCCAGAAGAAGCGACAGCAGUGGGGACUUGGUGCGAAGCAAGUUUCGCAGGAACAGGAAGAAGAACGUGAUGAAUUUCAAGGCCGGUCAGAAGUAUCUGAACCGGCUCAGGUUUUAUCAAAACCCCAAGAAUUACCAAUAGUUUUUGAACAGAGUACACCGCCUGAAAAGGAUACAAAAGAUAAAAAGGAGGAAGAUAAGAAGGAGGAAGAAACUCCCAAAGACGAUUCGGAAAAACGAGCAGAAGACGAACGUCAUAGGCUGCAAAAGGACAAAACAACGCAUGACCGUCCUUUAUAUCCUACGGGACCAAUGUGUGAGAAAGAAAAAGACAACAUAGACAAAAACCUGCUGACCUCAGCGUUAGAAGAAAAAUCCCUCGUCGUCUCCGAACAGACGGUCCAAGAAAAUUUCCCACAAAUUAAAGGGAUCUAUUAUGCCACCGAGGAGAAAAGUGUGCCAGAAGAGUUUGUUGAAAAAUACGUGGAUCCUAACGCGGUAAGUACGGACAUAAUGGCCAAAGAGAAGAUGGUGAUCAACAAUAUCGAGGAAACCAAAGUAAAUGAACAGCUGGAUGCAGCAGUUUUACGACCUGGAGACGAAAUCCUCAUCUACGAAAAUAAUGGGGCGCAAACCAAAACCGACGUGGUAAAAGUCGAUACCAGUCCGGAUAAACAGGCGGAAUGCACCCAGCUGACGAUGAACAUUCUGGAUAAGGCGCUGACUCUUAGGAACGAGCUGGCCCUCUCUGAAUCCCGAGUUUUACUGGACACCAAGAAGCAAAUCGAUGAGAUGAUGGAGAAGAUCAAGAACCUCGAGGAAAUGCUGAAGAAACAGGAAGCGAGCUGGCGGCCCGAUGAGAUAAUGUCUGAGAAUAAGAUUAGGGUGCCCACGCCCCAACCCCCUCCAGACAAGGAUAAAGCUAAGGACAGCAAAAAGGAUAAGUCGAGGGACAAGAAUGCUUUGAUUUUACCCCCCAAGGUGCAAGGGUCCAAACCUGAAAAGUCUGCUAAAGAUCUCGAGGAGUUUAAUUGUAAAGAAAGAGAGCAGGUUGGGGAGCUAACUAAACCACCAGAAACUGAUCCAGAUCCAAUUAGGCUAAGCACCUCUCCCCCAAAAACACUGGAAACCAAAAUGACAUUUCGUCCCAGGCCAAAGCUGACUUUCCAAGACAUCAUAAACCCCCAGAAGCCCACCCUUAAAAGUACCACCCCAAAAAACGAUAACCAGAAUACUUUACUCAGUAAAGCAGUGAAUAGCAGACUGUCCAAAACCCUUCACAGCUCGGUGGUGAACUUGGACAAAAAAAAGGACUCUGAGGAGUGGAAAUGGUCCAGGAGCAUGAGCAAACUGGAUAAGGUCAAUGCCAUGCUCCAAAACUCCACAGCAUUAUUAGAGAAGGCGAAGGUUGGGCACGAACUUUCAAAUGUUAUAGCAAUUGAAGAAAUAAAGAAAAACCAGGUGGAGUUUAACAAGGAUAAUGCAACUGAGAAGGAAAAUUCUAUCGAUAUAUCAAAGCUUUUACACGGUAAAGCUGAAAAGGAAUCUAAAGUAAUUGACCCUAAACGCUUAUUUCACAAAGUUAAGCAAGCUGCUGAAAAAAAACUUACACCACAACUGGAGAAACAAUUUAACGCUAAAGCUCGCCAAUAUUUAAUGAAUCAAGCCAAACUGGAUGAUUUAGCUGCACCUAAGAUCGAUGUUCUGGAAAAAUCCACUUCAGAGGAGAAGGUUGGGAUAAUUACAAAAAUACCGAAACUACUUGACUCCAAAAGUCUAUUUCUUAAUGUAAAACAUGCUGCCGAAAAAAAAGUGAAAACAGAGGAGCAAUUAAACGUUAAGGCAGGCCAGUAUUUCACCAAUCAAUCCAAAUUGGAUGGUUUAGAUGGGGCAGGGGUUGAUGUAUUGGCAGAACCCGCGAUAGAAAAGGGGAUUCAGGAAGACUUUGCUCUAUCCAAAGGCUGUUUGAGCAAACCCACCCUGGAAGAGAAAGACGUAGGGGCAAAAGUGCAAAAGUACUUUAAAGACAAAGUAUACAAGAAGUCUGAUGUGGGCGAAGGCGUCAAUAACUUAGCAGCUUCUGAUCAAGAAAAUUCUUCAAUCUUAAAAAAUGCCGCGGAAACUUUGAAGGAGAUUUCUCAGUCCCAGCAAGCAAAAUCUCUCGAUGGUACUCAGGCAGCAAAACUAAAACGUACCGAAAAAAGCGACUUGGUUGAAUUGGAAUUUAAGCCAGAUCCCUUAGAAAAACAUACACAACACACUGAAGAGGAAUUAUUGGCAGACGAAGAGCUUCCUGUAGACCCUUUGAGCAAACCAGCUUUGGAACAGGAAGACGUUGACUUAAAAGUGCGCCACUAUUUCCAGAACAAGUUUGGAAAACUAGAGGCGACAGUUGGAUCUAAAUCAAAUCAAAAUCCUCCUGCUGUUGAAAAUCCUAUAAUAAAUGAAUCUCUCACUUCCGGAAGCAAACCUAAAGAAAAACAAGUUUCAAACACUUUAAAGAGUGAGGCAGAUGCCAAGUUGGUGGAAUUAGACUUUAAACCAGAUACUUUAGAGAAACUUGCUAAAGAGGAGCCAUUGACGGAAGACUAUGUACCUACUGUGGACCCUUUGAGUAAACCAGCUCUGGCACAAGAGGACGAUGAUGCAAAAAUCCGGAAAUAUUUUGAAAAUAAAUUGGCAAAGGAAAAACCAACUGGCAAGAAACUGAUUUUUUCGAAAAAUUUUAGCACGGAACAAGGCCCUGACAGUGGGAAGACUUUAAAAGCUAAAAGUGUGGGCGCAAGACCCAAAGUUUUUAUGAAACCGUUAAAGAACGUUAAAAUGUCUUGCUCACCCUCUACUGGUUUAAGGAGUGUCAGUUGUCCAGGAAAAGCCCAGUCGCAAGCAAUACAGGAAACAAAAACCCAAUUUUCCAGUUGGUCCUCCAAAUCCGGCCACCAAAUCACCAGGAACAUGGGCAAAAUCUUCUCUCUGGAAGAAGUAAAAAAGACACAUGCAAGACGUCCUGCCUCACAUACUUCACAAAACGCUGAUAAACCUCCCUAUAAGCCACAAAAACCUGUAAAAAACUAUUUAUCAAAAGAACCUUCUCCAAACCAUUUAAAUCAAGAAAAAGACCGCCAAAUGAAGCUUAUCACUCAAGAUCAUGAGGUAGAAGAAGACAGAGAAGUUGUGGCGAUUACUGCAGAAGAAAAACCAGUAGUCUUCUGGCCCAACAAGAAUCAAGAGGCAGAGGUUUUGCAAAAGAAGGAACCGAGGAAAAUUUCGGAGUUAGCCGAGGAGUUCCAGGAAACCCUUAAGGCGAUUCCCAAGGUGUACUACCCGAGUAAAGACAAAAACCUGGAUAAAUCGAGCAAGAACGGCGCCAUAAUCAAGAUGUCUCCUAAGAAAGUAAUUCUUAAACCGAAAACCAGAAAAGUAUUGGAAAUGUCUUCUUGUAAAGCCGAUGAGAAUUUACAACAAAACGAGUCUUUGGGGAUCAUGAGGGUUACUUUACCCUUGAAGCGAGAACAACGGGAGGAAGGCCGGUUGUCUCUAGCAGCUGAUGGGAGAAGACCGAAAGACAAAUACGCCAACGACAGUAGACUGUUUAAAGGAAGUGGUGUGUCUGAUGUUGGUCUAAAAAUUGAAAAAAAUAAGAAUGUGGCCAAGGCUGGUAUAUCCACCACCUCAGUCCUAUGUGACAACAAAGACCUGGAGGAUGAUUUUUCCGGACUCAACCAGAAGAAGAACAACAAAAAAUCGCCCAAAGAAAAGACCGCCAUCUUCAGGAUAAUGAAAAACGACGAGAUUUUUAUAGUUAAAAACGCGGAGGAAGAUGAAAACCCGGGGGAAAAACCGAAAAAAGCGAGCGGUCUCUCGGACCAGAAAAAAACGGUGGAUCAUUUGGUGGAGCAGCUAAUCACCCUGAAAGAUGACCAUGUUGCCAAAGUUAACUUGACACCCAAAAGAGAGCUCAGCACCAUUUUUGUAGCUACAACCGGGUCAAACCAUAAAGGCUACAUGGGAGAUUUGAUUUUUAAGAACCAAAGACUAGUUGAUACCAGUGAGAAAAUUAAGGAGGUGGUGCUAGAAACGCUUCCUCCAAUAACCAAACCAAAGAUCCACCAGACAUUGGACCAUACGUUGAAGGUAACCACAAGCAAAAUCAAACCUAAGGAGAAGCUGAUGGCCAAGGUGCAAGAAGUGAUGGAGAAGCCAGUGAAACCAGAAGGUACGGUGUCCCAUCGGUACAAAUCCGAACUAAAACUAUCGAAUUGUCACGACGAUCAUUUUUCGUGGGCUUAUCUUGGUAGCGUAACGUUUCCGAAAGUUUGUUUAAAAGCAAAAAUCGAGACUAUUUACGAGAAAGGCGCGUCCAUAAAGGAGCCGCGCAAGCAAAAAUUGCGGAAGUUCAAUCGGUGGCUGGUUGAGAAUGAAGUUGAGGAACAACGGGAGCCCCUGUUUAACGAUCAGUUUCAAGGAAUCAAGACUGGGUUCUUUGAGCGUGAUCGUGUGUUAUUUCCAGAUGGCCUCCUCAAAUCACAACCACCCCCGCCCCCAUCACCAAUGAUCAAAUCAGAAAUUAUCCUGAAGAAACACACCCGGAAACCGAAACCCGAAAAACCAUCAGAACAAACCAUCCUGAAGAGCAGAAGUGAAUCAGUGGUGAAAACCCCCGUGCCCCAAUCGGCCAAGACCGUAAGAGUUAAGGAGCAACUUUUCCCCAGUGCCCUCACCAUAAAAGUAGAAAAAAACUACUCGGAAUUGCUUAAGAAAAUUGAGAAGAACCUGAGGGAUAAACGGAAGAAAUUGGAAGUCCAAGUAAAUCCACAGAUGGUCCAGCCAAAAGUGCUUGAAGAAACUCCGGCAGAAACAGCCCCUGUGGAUGAUAGCAUGAAAAUCAACAAAUCACAUACGGAACUGUUUGAGAGAAUUGAGAAAAGGUUGCAGGAAAAACGCAGCAUUAAAGCGACAGAAGUGAAACAGAUGAAACCGGAAAAACAACCACUUUUAGCCAACUCGGGCGGCCCAAAAAUGGAGAAAACUUAUACAGAGAUGCUUAAAAAAAUGGAGAAAAGCAUGCACGAUGAAAAAAUAAUUAACAAAUCCGCCAUAAAAUCCCAACAAGCGAAAACACAAUCGAUGUAUACUUUAAGCGUCCCUAAACUAGUGGCACAAAGUCCCAAACCUUUCAGAACAAAAAGCGCAGCCCCUACAAAUAUCCCCAAAGAGAAUCUACAAAUCGAAGUCAAACCCUCAAAUACGAAGAAAAAGGAGGUCAUAAAGCUCUGGCAGAAGGAGAAAGAGAUCGUAUCCAAAGAGAACCUCCAAGAGGAAAUCGAAUGUUGGGCGGGUAAAAAUAACUUGAGGUUUUGCACCAAAAAGUCAACCAAAAUCGGACAAAAAUUGAAAUCGGAAUUCGUGGACGCCAUGAAGAAACACAAGACAGCUGAAGCUUCCAGUGAUGACAAGAAAUAUCCUUUAGACAAAGAGGUGGAUUAUAUGUCAGUGGAUAAAAGUGUUAGGAGGAUAAUCCAGAAAGAGGAGCAAGGGGCGCGUGUCGAGAAACCUGAAGUUACUUUAUUGGAAACCGAGCAGGUGGAUUACAAGGGUGAGCGAUUUAAAAAACAAUUGUCGGAGAAUAUAAGGCAGCGUCUAAAUAGGAGUAAACAAAAAGAAAAUACCAUUAAGAAAAGGAAGAAUACCAAGAAGGACACUAUCAAAGAAAUGAAUGAGACAGCGAAGCACAUAAUAAAAUCGCAGAACGAGAGGCAAUGGCAAGAGCUGUAUAACGGUGGUAAGAAAGGACAGAACGAUGCCAAACUGUCACAACCGAGCGUUGGACCGUGGACGAGAAACACUAAACCAGAAUCCGACAAAGACAAAAAGCACUUUCAUUGCAGCACCAAAGCCUCCAGUUCCUCUAAAGACUCCAAACCGCCAAGUAUGGAUAGGUUAAUGUCAAAGGACGAUUUUUUAAAAUUAAAACAAACAAAGGGAAAACCCGCGAACAAUUUAAAAAAAUCUUAUCUUGCAGAUGAACGUUUGCCAUCCGGAUCUGAAAUAGGGGUCACCAUGUCCUCCCAUCAACAUUGCCAAAUAAUCACUGCGAGUAAAUUAAACCAACCAACUCUUGAAUUCCAACCCAAAUAUACCGAAAUGGAAAUUUAUAAAUAUGAGCUUGAAGCUAAUAAAGACCUACCUACGAUAACAGGCAAGAACGCUCUUGACACCAAUCCAUUGAAAAUCGACUCGAAACAAAAGGAAAUGCUGGAAAAAGUGACAGAUCAAGCGAAAAUUGGGGAUUUAGUGGAGAAUUACUUUAAGCGGAGCCCCAGAAAACCAACGGCAACAGAUCCCAAUAUGGCUUUACACAAACGUAUCGACCAAGAAGUGAAAAAAGAGGCUUCCAGGCCCGACAUCCCACCGCCGAAAAUUGAUCCGGAGGUGCUCAACUUUAAAAUAACCAAAAUGGUGAAAAUGAUGGCGGAAGAUGUGAAAUUUAACGAAGUUAAAGUAACCGUCGGUAAGGGGCGUGAGACGACAACGGUGAAGACCGUGGCACCCGAAAUGGUCGUUAAAAAGCCAAAUGUUGUAGUGAACCCCGUGGAGGAGUUUGUAAAAGAAGCUCCAAAAACUGUAAAUGUCUUGGAUUUAACUAAGGUGGACGAAGGUGCUACUGUUAAAAGUAAUUCAGGGUCCAAAAAUGAAGUUUUAUCAAAAAAAAGUAACUUGGAGCCUAAAGAGGUGCUGCAGUCUAGUCCAGUGGAUGCCAAUGACCCAAAAGCAUCCAAUACCAUAGUCGCUAAACCUGUGAGAUCAGUUUCAAUGAAGAAUGCCAAGAAUGACGAACUGACAAAGUCGCCCGAACCCGAGCAGUCUAGAAGUGAAAAGUUUGCAGAGCGCUUAAAAUCGAUCAACAUGAUGAUGAAAAACUUCAAAGUCAACUCCACCAAGGACCCACACGCCAACAAGAAAACAUCAGAAAAAGAUGAAGAAGCGCGGAAGACUAACGGAGCAAAUUUUCUUUUAAAGCCGCCAUCCCUACCACAUCGGGUAGUAACAAGAAAGAAAAAUAAGAAGCCAAAUAUCUCCUCUAAAAUCCCAAUUCGUCAUCAGUCAACAUGCAAAAAGUUCAUGAAAAACUAUAAAUUCGUCGUCACGGAAGUAAAUCCCCAUCAGACAACGCUGGACAGAAAAGUGGGUCAAGACUUUUCGGUGGUUCCCAAACACGUGAUGGAAACCGAAGAGCGCAUGCGUAAGGCCAGAAAACGGAUGUGCGUCAAAGACCUGCGUGCACCUGAUCCCUUGGACAAGUAUAAACACUUGAAGAUCACUUAUAUGAGUGUGAAGAGGAAGCAGGAUGACGGGGAAAAGGAGCUUUUUAUGCCCAGUAUCGAAAAAAUGGACGAUAAGGAGAUUCAAGACCAGAAAAAGAGAAAGAUUUUAGACUACAGAUUUAAUCUACUGAAGAAACUCAAUGAAGAAUUCCAAAAGCAAAUGAUGGCCGAGCAACAACCCGAACAUCCCCGGAUGUCCCAAUUCAGGAAAACCCCGUAUGUGUUUGACAUCGCCAAAUUGAAAAACGUCAAGCCGAUCGGUCAGGGUAAAUGUCUGGAUGAAAAUUCGAAUAUGAACAAUGCGACGAAACAACUUGGAGAAGCCAUCGGCAAAUUGCCCAAGUCCGGCGUAAAAAAGUCUGGAGAUGCUGGUAAAAGUGGAGUUGGUCCGUUAAAGCGCGGAGACGAUCACAAAGGCGGAACCGAUUCGAAAGAGUUCUCUACUGAUACCAAAUUUGGUAAAACUGGUACUCAUAUGGCCCUGAAUGUUCCAUUGUCCAACACCCUUCAAUUCCGACCAGCUGGGAAUUGUUCAUUUCAAGAAGAUCUUUGGUCAACUAUAAUCUCUAAAACUGCAACUGGAAAGGGCAAACGUAUCCACACUGAUGCCUCUAAACAUCAAGAAUCUGACAAAACCGAUUGCUGCCCACCACAAACCAAUGAAAAAACCGACAUGUUCAAAACCUUAUUCGGUAACUCUCAAAGAAGAGAAUUUGAUGGAAUAGACUCGUGUGAAGAAAAACCUCCGAAGUGUCCAUCAGAGUCUGAUUUUGAUAUAACUAAGGCGGUACCACACGCUUUUGCUGGUGCCAGUCCCAAGCUAGAAGAAGAACGACAGAAAGACCUGUAUUACAGGUACCAUAACUUGACUUUUGCGGACUUGCACACCCAUUUAAGUCAGCAAAGAACCUUUGCUGUAAAAGCACCUAAUAAUAAACUUGCAGGAGAAUGUAGGAAGGAGGAAGAAAAACUAACAGAGUGUCUUAAAAAGAGUAAAGAAGAUGUGUGAUUUAAAUUAUUGUCUGUGCGUACGAAAAUAUAAUGCUACGUCUUAAA